GUGAUCUCUCGUCUCGGCUUGGCCCGUGGCUUUCUUCUCCGACGGCUUUGUGGCCUGGCCUUCGAGAAUCUGCGGCAGUUCACCCCACGAGAGUUGGCUAAGAUGGCUUACUCUCUGGCGAAGCUUCGGUUUCUUGCUCAGAGCAACGUCGACGAGCUUGUCGACGCUCUGAGGCCCGAUCUGCAUCGACUGGUGGGAUCCCAGAUCUCCGAGUUUCUCUAUGCUCUGGCAAUGGUCAAUGCCAGGCAUCAGCUAGACCUCGCGCGUACCUUAGUCAAGCAGUAUGCCGACAGCCCAGGCGGAGUUCAGCCGAUGAGCGGCGGCUCCCUGAUCGACGUCGCUUGGGCACUGGUUGCCUUGGACCUGGCAAGAGAGUUCGAUGCCGAGCUCAAGGCGGUCCUGGAAGAGACAUUCUCCAGAAAUCCACCGCAGAACAGGGUGCCCCUCACGAAGCUCUUCGACGUGAUUUGUGCUCUGGAGUUGGAGUACAAGGACCUGGGCAUCACCGUGCCGAACACCUGGAAAGCCGCCUGCGCCGAUGCAGACCGCUUCGAGAUGGAGAGGUUAGAGUCGGCUCGGCUCCACAACGAGGUGGUCAUGCGGUUCGACCAUCUUCGCGGAGCGACCAAUGGCAUGCGCUGGCAGCUAAGGAUGCAGCGGAAUCAAGCCUGCGGCCCCUACCGAGUAGAUCUCUUCGAUGAGGACACAAAGACUGCCCUGGAUCUGGAAAUUAUCAGUUGGCCCACGGCCCGGCAUUUGAAGCACCGGCUUCUCGAGGGGCUUGGUUUCCGCGUGCUGGCCCUCCAGUACUGGGACUGGCGCCGGGCACGCACAGAAGAGGAUCAGAACCUCUUCCUCGAGAGGGAGGUGAACCGCGUGCUGGAGAAGCACCCGCUGGCGGCCCUGGAGACGUGA